GAUGUGGGGCGGAGCCUGAGCGUGCCUGCGUGGCACCACUCGGGGAAGCGGAGGCUAUUCCCUGGAGGAAGGAUGGGAGACUAUCAGGCUGUGGAGGAGACUGCCUUUAUUGUUGAAGUGAGCAACACUGUAAAAGAGGCUGUAGAAAGUGUAAUUGGGGCUGGGCGCGUUGGUGGUAAUGCUUAUCAACACAGCAAAGUGAACCAGUGGACCACAAAUGUAGAACAAACUUUAAGCCAACUCCCCAAGCUGGGAAAACCAUUUAAAUACAUUGUGACCUGUGUAAUUAUUCAAAAGAACGGAGCUGGAUCAUACACGGCAAGUUCCUGCUUUUGGGACAGCUCUACUGACGGGAGCUACACUGUGCGAUGGGAGAAUAAGACCAUGUACUGCAUUGUCGGCGCCUUCGGACUGUCUGUUUGACCUCCCAGUCCAUCCUAUAACCUUUCUGCUUUUGUCUCUAGUUCAUCUUCUAACCACCAGCCAUGAAUUCAAUGAACUCCUUU